AUCAGAUCCGGACGGAGAUUCUAGAGCCCAAGAAGAGAAUCCAUUCUGAACAGGUCUCCUACUGUUGUUGCUGGUCUGAGGUGCACGAUGGCCCAAAACCAGGUGAUUCUACAGUUUCGUUUUGCCACUUUCGGUGACUCCAUGCUGCAGAAGAUGAAUCUCUUACGUCACCAGAGACGCUUUUGUGAUGUCACUGUACGCAUUAACCAGUUGGAGGUCCCAGGUCACAAGGUGGUGUUUGCCGCUGGCUCUUCCUUCCUAAGGGAUCAGUUUAUCCUUCAGCAGGAUUCUGGGGAAGUCCAGAUCUCCCUUAACCAGGAAGCUGAGGUCGGGCGGCAGCUGCUGCUGUCCUGCUAUACGGGCCAACUGGAGUUUCCUGAACUGGAGUUGGUCCAUUAUCUGACAGUGGCCAGUUUUCUUCAAAUGGGUCACAUUGUAGAGCAGUGCACCCAAGCUCUCAGUAAGUUCAUCAAACCCCAGGCACCGCGUCUGCUGGAGGUGGAUGUGAAUUUAAGGAAAGAGAAGAAAGAUGAAGGUUUGUGCUCCCAUCCUUCAAGAGAACAAGUUCGAUCUCACGUGCAGAACGUCCAUCAGGAGGUGGGACUGUUGGAGCAAGUGGAGGGUAAUGACAAUGAAAAUAUUGAUGAUGAGGAGGAGGAGGAGGAUGACGACGUUAUUGUGCAACCAAAAAACCCCCUCCAGAUCUUGGGGAGGCAUUCUAGGCAGAGUACAGAAGACAACGAUAUUGCCAUAGUAAAGGUGGAAUCUGUUUCUGACGUACCAGAGAACUCCAUCAGCGGCCAUUUUCCUACCAGCCCCUCUGCUGCUCUCCACUCUCCUGAGCCGCAACACUCCCUUAUCAACUCCACUGUAGAUAGCCGUGGCAGCGAGGUGGUGGUUCCGCCAAUGUCUGGCUACCCACUGAGCCCACCAUCUGCAUCUCCUCCAGCAGAGAAACACAGUGGGCACCAGAGAAACUACGACAAGCCUCUCCAGUGGUACCAUCAGUGUCCAAAGUGUGCCCGGGUUUUCCGCCAGCUGGAGAACUAUGCCAACCACCUUAAGAUGCAUAAGUUGUUCAUGUGCCUACUGUGUGGCAAGACCUUCACUCAAAAGGGCAACCUGCACCGGCACAUGCGUGUCCACGCAGGCAUCAAACCCUUUCAGUGUAAAAUCUGCGGUAAGACUUUUACCCAAAAGUGUUCCUUGCUGGAUCAUCUAAACCUGCACAGUGGGGAUAAACCUCACCGCUGCAACUACUGUGACAUGGUGUUUGCUCACAAGCCUGUGCUACGCAAGCACCUCAAACAAAUCCAUGGGAAGAACAGUUUUGACAAUGCAAAUGAAGGCAGCCUCCAUGACGGAGGGCUUGACUUUGAUUUUGGACGAAUGUGAGGCUCUGUAGACCAGAUUGUCUAAAUCCCUUUGGUAGCCGUAGCAGAGAUUUUUUUUUUUUUUUUUUUUUUUUCCCCCCCACAGGUGACACUUUUGGCCUUAUUCAUGUGUUGCGUUAUUGUACGUCUCCAACCUCAAAGUUCAGAUUCUGUCCGAUCACAGCGUACUUGGACUGAUGAGAAUCCGUCUGCUCCAAGUCAACAGCUGGUAGCCAUUGCUCCAUUCAGUGUUUAUCAUCAGCAUGUUUCAAAAACAUAUUGAUGCUCUGCUUCGCUUGGCGCUUCACUCCUUGUAAUGUCCGUCUAGAUCAGUGUUUCUCAGACUUUUUCAAAACAAGAACCACUGAACUAAUAAA